GACACAAUGACAACAACGACUGAAUCCCCCUCAAAGAUGAUGAGUGAACGUGAACUCAACGCCAAACUUACUGAAAUCUUUAACAAGAUUGGCCAGCUGGAUAUCGCUCAACAAGGAAUCCAAGAACUUCACGAACUUUUAAUGGAACAUCCAGAAUGCGAUGUGAAAGUCGAUGCAUUUUUAUCAAGCGCUGGCGUCUUUUUUCAGAAAUACAUCAGGAAGGCUCUAAGUGACAUCACCAAACGGGAGAUGCAAAACCACGGAAUGAUACCCAAAACAUCGUCUCCGUUGUCUCAACAAAAAUCCAAUGAUACAUCACCGGCAAACGCUGUCAAUGCGAACCCCGUGGUCACCUCGAUAACGACAUCCUCUCAAACACAAAGAUCAUCGGUAUCCCUAAAAAGCAACAAACCUCCAUAUAAGUUUGCUACCAAUCGCUGUUCGAACAGUCCGAGACCUACUACCCCUACCACGUCGAUGACAAAUAAGGAGUCAACAAAAGUACCCCUGGAUACUGCGAAAAUCUCGGACUCGGUCACGGGCAACAAGUUCGAUCUUUCUGAAAUGUCGCCAACAACAAAAGCCUUGAUGGAUAAAAUUUCGAAAGAAACCUUUGAACAAACACGGUUCCGUCUUCAUCAUAUAUUUCAAUAUGAAAAGUAUAAGACUGGACAAAAACGAGCAAGUCUACCAAGUCUAGAACGAUAUCAAAGCGAUGCAGAAAGACUGGAGUAUGUCAAGAGCAUCCUACAGACACAAUCCAAUGUUCGUCGUUCCACCUGGCCGAUCGCUCCAUUCGAAGUUACUACUUCUGCGAUCAGUGCCAAUUGA